GCGAUAUUAGCUUAGCAAUGAUCUGUGAUCUCAGCAAAAUUUUAAUUUCAUAUAUAAUAUAUUGAAACUAAAACUGAAAUAUUGAAGGCGCAAGACACAAGUUAGGUGCCUGCUCCAAGUCAUAUGUAACCUGUUUAUGAAUUGAUAGACAUAUACUUUUGUAAUUGGAUCGGAGAGAAAAUUGACUGCAUUAUGGUAACCGUGAGGCCGUUUACUUGCUUAGACUUGUUGAAGUUUGGAAAUAUUAAUCUGGAUAUAUAUACGGAAACUUAUAGUAUCGGAUUUUAUCUGCAUUAUUUGGCAAAAUGGCCAGAGUAUAUGCGAGUCCUAGAGUCACCCACACUAACCUGUUUUGAAAGGAAUUCGACACGUCUUUCGGAUAUUCCACACACAGGUGAUGCACAAAACCCAUCUCCCAAGAUCGUAUCAAUACCAUCUACGUGUCAACGACUAAUGGGCUACAUGAUGGCGAAGUCGGAAGGUCAUGGAGUGGAUUGGCAUGGUCAUGUCACAGCGCUGUCAGUGGCUCCCGAAUAUCGUCGUUUGAGAUUAGCUACUCAACUAAUGUUAGAGUUAGAAGAAACUUCCGAACGGUAUGCGCUCCUGGUGGAUUCUUUUAUCCUCGUCAAGUCUAGUUUCUACUGAGAUGAAAAUUACCCCUGAUCAAGUCUACAAAAUAUAGUUGUUUUGUAACUAGCCUACUCCAAGUCUGUUUUUUUAUGACGAGGAUCCAACUUUAUAUUCAACAGUUUAAAGAUUUUAUUUAUCUUCAGGGGACUAUGUGACUCAAUAUCAUACAAUAGAAUGUUGGCUUCUGACCUAAAAAUUUAACUCAGAAUAUGGUAUGCUACUCUGCGACUAACAACUACUCAGAUAUGCCAUUACAAUUUGCUUUUAUGAAAUAUAGAGAUUGUUGAAAAACUUCAAGUUUUCAUUUAAUAUGCUGUUUUACGGUCACACUAAGCGAGUCGAUUACUUUAAAACUCGAACUGACAACAGUGAUAUCAAAUGAUUAGAACAAAAAACAACCUAGGAGAACAACUCAGCUUUGAAAUCCAAUUGCACUAAAAAAUGAGUAUAGCUGCUAGACUGAUGGGAGAAAAAUGUAGUGGAGAAAUACUCAAAAACAGUUAUUAUAACGUCUAACAAUGGUACUAGUGCAGAUUCAUAAUAAAUGAAUCAUAUGGCCCAAUCCUAUAGGUUUUAAAUCGCUGUUGAAGUGAAUCUCCCAAUUCUUCUCUUUCCUUUAGGAAGCGAUGUUACUAUGUCGACCUAUUCGUACGUGCAUCAAACAAACUGGGCAUAGAUAUUUAUAGUAAAUUGGGGUAUAUUAUAUAUCGCAGAGUCUUAAAUUACUACUGGGGUUCUGUUGAAGAUGAAGAUGCUUUCGAUAUGAGGAAAGCACUUUCAGCAGAUGUGCUUAAACGAUCUGUUAUACCAAUGACAAGGCCGAUACGUCCAGAAGAGUUAGAACAUCCAUGAACAUACAAAUGAAAACUUGGUUCUACAGUGUGGCUCUAUAUGUAACGUUAAUCAGUGGUUCUAAGUACUUGUAAAUGUAUCUUUUGUAACAAUGAUAUCUUUUCGACUGAAGUUUUGAGGGUCUGCGAAUUAUACACACAACUUGUGCAAUAUGACAGGAAUGCGCUAGUAGAAAACUAGUCAUAACGCACAAUAUACGAAAAAAGAGAAGUAAUGAUAAAUAAUCGUUUAUUA